AGUGCGACGCCGUGGACAUGGCGGCUGCGGUCGGCCAGCCCCGGGACGUGUCGGGCCGUCGGGUGGCUUCGGUCGGCGCUAGGCGAGAGACGCAGGUGUUUCAGUAGGACUGGCACCCACUCCUCAGCGCAGCCAGCCCUUGGGUAGGGCGAACGUCACGGCCAUGGCUUAUCACUCGGGAUACGGAGUCCACGGUUCCAAACACAGGACCCGGGCGGCCCCAGAUCCUCCUCCACUCUUCGAUGAUACUAGUGGUGGCUAUUCCAGCCAACCAGGUGGAUACCCAGCCCCAGGAGCUGAUGUAGCCUUCAACGUCAACAACCUACUUGGAGACCCAAUGGCCAAUAUGGCUGUGGCCUAUGGUAGCUCCAUAGCAUCCCAAGGGAAGGACAUAGUGCACAAAGAGCUGCACCGUUUUGUGUCUGUGAACAAACUCAAGUAUUUUUUUGCUGUGGACACAGCCUAUGUAGCCAAGAAGCUGGGGCUGUUGGUCUUCCCCUACACCCAUCAGAACUGGAAGAUGCAAUACAGUCAUGAUGUGCCUCUGCCCCCUCGGAAGGACCUCAAUGCUCCUGACCUCUAUAUCCCCACCAUGGCCUUCAUCACGUAUGUGCUGCUGGCUGGGAUGGCACUGGGCAUUCAGCAAAGGUUCUCCCCGGAGGUGCUGGGCCUGUGUGCAAGCACAGCCCUAGUGUGGGUGUUCAUGGAGGUGCUGGCCCUGCUUCUGGGCCUCUACCUGGCCACCGUACACAGUGAGCUGAGCACCUUUCACCUCUUGGCCUACAGCGGUUACAAAUACGUGGGGAUGAUCCUGAGCGUGCUCACAGGGCUGCUCUUCGGCAGUGACGGCUACUACGUGGCCCUGGCCUGGACAUCAUCUGCACUCACGUACUUCACUGUGCGUUCUCUGCGGACUGCAGCCUCGGGCCCUGACGGCAUGGGGGGCUCAGCCGCUCGGCAGCGUCUCCAGCUGUACCUGACCCUGGGCGCAGCUGCCUUCCAGCCUCUCAUCAUAUACUGGCUGACCUUCCACCUGGUCCGGUGAUCCCUGGUCCCAGGUGGCACUGAGUUUUCCAUACAUUGAAGAUUUGCGUUCCUUAA